AUGAAUGAAAAUCAGAUAAGGAGCUCACUACAAAUCAUGGACGAGCUCCAGCAGCAGCCAAUAUGGAAUGUAUUCGAAAACAUAGAUUCAAAAUUAGCUGCUGACGAAGUUAAUCAUCCAUAUUCAUUCGAUCAAAUCUAUGGUAGGCUCGAAAAAAAAAUUUAUCAUGAUGCUCAUGAAUGGAUUAACGAAAUGAGGAAUACUUUUUCCGUAUAUGCAGAUAUUUUUAAGCAAGAUGAACUCAAACGAAAUAUAAUUAAUAAAUUAUGGCAAGAAUUUGAGUUUUCAUUGCGUAGAAACUCAAUCGAAGACUCUGAAAUCAUAUCUGAAAUCAAGGCUAUUAAAAAGAAUCUAUCUGACUGGACAAAAAAUAAUUCUGCCGAAAAAAUAUCAAUUAUUAAUGAUAAAUUAGAGCCAUAUUCAAAGUUCUACAGUUUAGAAUUAAUAUCUGACAUAAAUGAUUUACAAUUGCAAAGAUGUAUUAGGAUGCUACGGAGUAGAAAUUUAUUUAUAAAAAUAGCAGCAUUUAUUCAUAAACUGCAGCCAGAAGCCGUUAUAAUGAAUGAAAUUAUCUCAAUUCAGUAUGAUAUUCUUAGUCCGGAUAAUCUUAUGUGUGUUAAAAAAUUUGUUGCUGAUCUAAUUCAAGACGCUGCCAAAGGUGUUAUAGAUCCAUUUGAAAACUGCGAGGAAAAAAAUCGAUUGUUUGUAUUAUAA